CGAUUUAUUUUUAUUUUCUUUUUACUUCUCCUGCUAUUUUCUUUCUCUCUCUCUCUUUCUUAUUAUACUUCAAGUUCUGGGAUACAUGUGCAGAACGUGUAGGUUUGUUACAUACAUAUACAUGUGCCACAUUGGUUUGCUGCACCGAUCAACCCAUCAUCUAUGUUUUAAGCCCCUCAUACAUUAGGUAUUUGUCCUAAUGCUCUCCCUCUCUUUGUCCCCCACCCCCGACAGGCCCCAGUGUGUGAUGUUCUCCUCCCUGUGUCCAUGUGUUCUCACUGUUCAACUCCCACUUAUGAGUGAAAACAUGUAGGGUCCGAUUCCCUUUUCCCGUGUUAGUUUGCUGAGAAUAAUGGUUUUCAGCUUUGUCCAUGGUCCUGCAAAGGACAUGAACUCAUUCUUUUUUAUGGCUGUAUAGUGUUCCAUGGAUAUAUGUGCCACAUUUUCUUGAUCCAGUCUAUGAUUGAUAAGCAUUUGGGUUGGUUCCAAGUCUUCGCUGUUGUGAAUAGUGCAGCAAUAAACAUACAUGUGCAUGUCUUUAAAGUGGAAUGAUUUUUAAUCCUUUGGGUAUAUAUCCAGUAAUGGGAUUGCUGGGUGAAAUGGUAUUUCUGGUUCUAGAUCCUUGAGGAAUUGCCACACUGUUUUCUGCAAAGAUUGAACUAAUUAAUGCUCCCACUAACAGUGUAAAAGCAUUCCUAUUUCUUCACAUCCUCUCUAGCAUCUGCUAUUUCCUGACUUUUUAAUGAUCACCAUUUAACUGGUGUGAGAUGGUAUCUCAAUGUGGUUUUAAUUUGCAUUUCUCUAUUGACCAGUGAUGAUGAGCUUUUAAAAAUAUGUUUAUUGACCACAUAAAUGUCUUCUUUUGAAAAGUGUCUUUCCAUAUCCUUUGCCCACUUUUUGAUGGGAUCGUGUGUUUUUUUCUUGCAGAUUUGUUUAAGUUUCUUGUAGAUUCUGGAUAUUAGCCCUUUGUCAGAUGAAUAGAUUGCAAGAAUUGUCUCUCAUUCUGUAGGGUGCCAGUUCACUCUGAUGAUAGUUUCUUUUGCUAUGCAGAAGCUCUUUAGUUUAAUUAAAUCCCAUUUGUCACUUUUGGCUUUUGUUGCUAUUUCUUUUGGGAUUUUAGUUAUACAAUCUUUGCCUAUGCUUAUGUCCUGAGUGGUAUUGCCUAGGUUUGGGUUUUUAUGGUUUUAGGUUUUACAUUUAAGUCUUUAAACCAUCUUGAGUUAAUUUUUGUAUAUGGUAUAAGCAAAGGGUCCAGUUUCAGUUUUCUGCAUAUUGCUAGCGAGUUUUCCCAACACCACUUAUUAAAUAGGCAAUCCUUUCCACAUUGCUUGUUUUUGUGAGGUUUGUCGAAGAUCGGAUGGUUGUUGAUGUGUGGCAUUAUUUCUGAGGUCUCUGAUCUGUUGCAUUGGUCUAUAUAUCUAUUUUGGUACCAGUACAAUGCUGUUUUGGUUACUGUAGCAUUGUAGUAUAGUUUGAAGCCAGGUAGCAUGUUUCUUCCAGCUUUGUUCAUUUUGCUUAGGGUUGUCUUGGUUAUGCGGGCUACUUUUUGGUUCCAUAUUAAAUUUAAAGUAGUUUUUUCCAAUUCCUGUAGACAGUCAAUGGUAGCUUGAUGGGAAUAGCAUUGAAUCUAUAAAUUACUUUUGGGCAGGGGGGCCAUUUUCUUGAUAUUGAGUCUUCCUAACCACAAGCAUAAAAUGUUUUUCCAUUUGUUUGUGUCCUCGCUUAUUUCCCUGAGCCGUGGUUUGUAGUUUUCCUUGAAGAGGUCCUUCGUGUCCCUUGUAAGUUGUAUUCUUAAGUAUUUUAUUCUCCUCGUAGCAAUUGUGAAUGGGAGUUCACUCAUGAUUUGGCUCCCCGUUUGUCUAUUAUUGGUAUAUAGGAAUGCUUGUGAUUUUUGCACAUUUGGGGUGGAGCAUUCUGUAGGUGUCUAUUAGAUCCACUUGGUCCAUAACUGAGUUCAUGUUCUGAAUAUCCUUGUUAAUUUUCUGCCUCAUUGAUCUGUCUAAUAUUGACAGUGGAGUGAUAGAGUGUCCCACUAUUGUGUGGGAGUCUAAGUCUCUUUGUAGGUCUCUAAGAACUUGCUUUAUGAAUCUGGGUGCUCCUGUAUUGGGUGCGUAUGUAUUUAGGAUUGUCAGCUUUUCUUGUUGCAUUGAACUCUUUACCAUCAUGUAAUUCCCUUCUUUGUCUUUUUUGAUCUUUGUUGGUUUAAAGUCCGUUUUAUCAGAGAUUAGGAAUGAACCACUGCUUUUUUUUUGCUUUCCAUUUGCUUGGCUAAUCUUCCAUCCCCUUAUUUUGAGUCUAUGUGUGUCUUUGCCUGUGAGAUGGUUCUACUGAAUACAGCACACUGAUGGAUCCUGACUCUUUAUCCAAUUUGCCAGUCUGUGUCUUUUAAUUGGGACAUUUAGUGCAUUUACAUUUAAGGUUUAUAUUGUCAUGUGUGAAUUUGAUCUUGUCAUCAUGAUGCUACCUGGUUAUUUUGCCCAUUAUUUGAUGCAGUUUCUUCAUAAUGUUAUUGGUUUUUAUAUUUUGGUAUGCUUUUGCAGUGGCUGGUACUGAUUAUUCCUUUCCAUAUUUAGUGCUUCCUUCAGGCCUGGUGGUGAUAACAGCCCUCAGCAUCUGCUCAUCUGUAAAGAAUUUUAUUUCUCCUUUGCUUAUAAAGCUUAGUUUGGCUGGAUAUGAAAUUCUGGGUUGAAAAUUCUUUUCUUUAAGAAUGCUGAGUAUUGGUCCCUACUCUCUCGUGGCUUGCAAGGUUUCUGCAGAGAGGUCUGCUGUUAGUCUGAUGGGCUUUCCUUUACAGGUAACCUGACCUUUGACUCUGGCUGCCCUUAAUACUUUUUUCUUCAAUUUAACCUUGGUGAAUCUGACAAUUAUGUGUCUUGGGGUUGCUCUUCUCGAGGAGUAUCUUCUGUUUUUCCUGAAUUUGAAUGUUGGUCUGUCUUGCUGGGUUGGGGAAGUUCUCCUGAAGUGUCUUUUCCAACUUGGUUCCAUUCUUCCCAUAACUUUCAGGUACACCAAUCGAUUAUAGGUUUGUUGUUUUCACAUAGUCCCAUAUUUCUUGGAGGAUUUUUUUCAUUCCUUUUCAAUCUUUUUUCUUUUUCUUUUUUUUUUUUUUUUGAGACAGAGUUUCACUCUUGUUACCCAGGCUGGAGUGCAAUGGCGCAAUCUCGGCUCACCGCAACCUCCGCCUCCGGGGUUCAGGCAAUUCUCCUGCCUCAGCCUCCUGAGUAGCUGGGACUACAGGCACACACCCCCAUGCCCGGCUAAUUUUUUGUAUUUUUAGUAGAGACGGGGUUUCACUAUUUGACCAGGAUGGUCUCAAUCUCUUGACCUUGUGAUCCACCCGCCUCGGCCUCCCAAAGUGCUGGGAUUACAGUUGUGAGCCACCAUGCCCAGCCCAUUCUUUUUUCUUUUAUCUUGUCUUCCUGCCUUAUUUGAGUAAGUUUAUUUUCGAUCUCUGAUAUCCUUCCACUUGAUUGAUUCAGCUGUUGAUACUUGUGUAUGCUUCACAAAAUUCUCAUGCUGUUUUUCAGUUCCAUCAGGUUAUUUAUGUUCCUCUGUAAACUAGUUAUUCUAGUUAACAGUGUCUGUAAUUUCUACUAAGGUUCUUAGCUUCCUUGCAUUGGGUUAGAACAUGCUUUUUUAGCUCAGAGGAGUUGGUUAUUACCCACCCUCUGAAGCCUACUUUUGUCAAUCCAUCAAACUUUUUCUCCAUCCAGCUUUGUGCCCUUGCUGAAGAGGAGUUGUAAUCAUUUGGAGAAGAGGCAUUCUGGUUUUUGGAAUUUUCAGCCUAUUUGUGUUGUUUCUUUUCUUCAUGGAUUUAUCUACCUUUGAUCUUUGAUGCUGAUGACCUUUGGGUAGGGUUUUUAUGUGGGUGUCUUUUUUGUUGAUGUGGAUGUUAUUACAUUCUGUUUGUUAGUUUUUCUUUUAACUGUCAGGCCCCUCUUCUGCAGGUCUGCUGGAGUUGCUGGAGGUCCACUCCAGUCCCUGUUUGCCUGGGUAUCACCAGUGGAUGCUGCAGAAAAGCAAAGAUUGCUUCCUGCUCCUUCCUCUCGAAGCUUCAUCCCUGAGUGGCACCUGCCCAAUGUCAGCCAGAGCUUGCCUGUAUGAGGUGUCUGUUGACUCCUGCUGUGAGGUGUCUCCCAGUCAGGAGGCACAGGGGUCAGGGACCUACCUGAAGAGGCAGUCUGUCCCUUAGCAGAGCUCAAGUGUUGUGCUGGGAGAUCUGCUGCUCUCUUCAGAGCUGGCAGGCAGGAACGUUUGUCUGCUGAAUCUGCACCCACAACCGUCCCUUCCCUCAGGUGAUCUGUCCCAGGGAGAUGGGAGUUUCAUCUAUAAGCCCUGACUUAGGCUGCUGCCUUUCUUUUAGAGAUGCUUUGCCCAGUGAGGAGACAUCUAGAGGUGCAGUCUGGUCCAAGCUGCUUUGCUGCACUGUGGUGGGUUCUGCCCAGUCUGAACUUCCCAGCUUCCUUAACACUGUGAGGGGAAAAGCACCUACUCAACCCUCAGUAAUGGCGGAUGCCACUCCCCUCACCAACCUCGGUCAUCCCAGUUCAACUUCAGACUGCUGUACUGGCAGUGAGAAUUUCAAACCAGUGGAUCUUCACUUGUUGGGCUCUGUGGGAGUGGGACCUGCUGAGCAAGACCACUUUGAUCCCUGGCUUCAGCCCCUUUUCCAAGGGAGUGAAUGGUUCUGUCUGGCUGGGGUUUCAGGCACCACUGGGUACAAAAAAAAAAAAGACUCCUGCAGCUAGCUUGGUGUGUGCCUGAACAACUGUCCAGUUUUAUGCUCAGAACCAAGGGCCCUGGUGGUGUAGGCAUACAAGGGAAUCUCCUGGUCUGCGGGUUAUAAAAAACCGUAAGAGAAGUAUAGUAUUUGGGCCAGAUAGCACAGUCCCUCACAGCUUCCCUUGGCUGGGGAUGGAGGUCCCCAGACCCUUUCACUUCCCAGGUGAGGUGAUGCCUGCCGUGCUUCUGCUCACCCUCUGUGGGCUGAACUCACUGUCUAACUAGUCCCAAUGAGAUGAACUGAGUGCCGCAGCUGGAAAUGCAGAAAUCACCUGCCUUCUGCAUUGGUCUCACUGGGAGUUGCAGACUGGAGCUGUUCCUAUUUGGCCAUCUUCCACAGAUAAUAUUUAAAACUUGGAGAAUAAAGGAGACAAAUGACAGAGAGACCAAUAAAAGAAGAGUGCUCUGGCCUAGGCCUGACCAACCUAAUGUCCCUGAGGAGAAUGAGAGGAAGGGAUCACAGAAGAAUUGAGCAUGUGGUGCUCCUGAAACUCAGAAACGUGGCUCGAGAAAGCUGCAGGGUGUCGAAAGCUGCCGAGAGGUUUACUGCAAUGAAAAUGGAAACAUGCUUAACUGGUCUGAGACCGUGAUCCUCCACUUGCAUUCAUUCUGCUUUUGGGAGAGCCACCUAAUGCAUUUGGAUUGCAGCUUCAUCAUCUGUAAAAUAGCUGUGCUUGUGAAAAGAACGGUUUGCUUGGGAAGUGCCAGACGUCGCAUCAGACAGUGCAAGGUGGUUAAGUGUGGAGGUGAGGGUGAAGGCGAUGGCCGGCUAACUAAAAAUCUAUGAAACGUGAGCCUAUGCACGGGACGAUCGUAUUUAACUGCACAGGACAGAGGAAGGGAUUUUCCGUAUCACUCUGUAAAGUAUCUACUACUAGGUGGAUUUUCCGUAUCACUCUGUAAAGUAUCAAGUACUAGGUAAAUACGAAGUAUUAUUUCGGUUUACUGAGAAUAUACAUAUCAGAGGGAAUUGAGGACUUGUGGCAGCUGUGUUUUAAGUUAGAUAUAGCCAUGAUGGGUGAUCUCACGUAGAAGAAGCUGGAGGCUGAAUUAUCAGGUCUGUGAACCCAAAUGUUAGUGCAUCAGAAAUUAAGAGGCCCCUGAAGCUUUGAGAUUGCCUUGCCUCUGGUCUUCCUGAGUCACAGCCACUGGGAGACUUUGCCCUGUUCUCAUAUCACAGAACUAUCUGGAUAAUCUGAGGCCACCUGCUGGGUGUUCAGGCCAGAACAUCUCUCUUUUUGGUACCACUCUCAGAAUUGCCCACUUCUACCUGCUACCACAAACACAUUUAAUAUUAUAUGGGGGAGAUAGUGGAGGAGGAGAAGGAUCCCUUUCCCUAGGGCCUUGCCAUGGAAAUAAUGUUGAGGCUCCCCCUGUUUCCUAGUGUACCAUGCAGGGAGAAAUCACCAGGUCUGCAUGGAGCAAAUCCUGUGCAUUUGGGAACCUCAUGUACAGUGAACGCGUAAUAAAUACUUGCUUUUAAAAAAGGGAAUAAGUUGCAAUUCAUACCAUGUGUUUUAGUGACAGGCAAGGUUAGCCUCUGCCAUUGGCCUAUGGUGUCAGCUUUGUGGGAUGAUUUUGCAAAUGCUAUUCUGUUUCCACAUUAGUAGCUUUCUGGAUGCUUACAAUUUUACUUUUAGAAUUCACCCUUUGGGCUGGGCGCGGUGGCUCAGGCCUAUAAUCCCAGCACUUUGGGAGGCCGAGGUGGGUGGAUCACGAGGUCAAGAGAUCCAGACCAUCCUGGUCAAUGAGGUGAAACCCCAUCUCUACUAAAAAUACAAAAAAUUAGCUGGGCAUGGUGGUGCAUCCCUGUAAUCCCAGCUACUCAGGAGGCUGAGGCAGGAGAAUUGCCUGAACCCAGGAGGUGAAGGUUGUGGUGAGCUGAGACCGCGCCAUUGCACUCCAGCCUGGGUAACAAGAGUCAAACCCUGUCUCAAAAAAAAAGAAUUCACCCCUUGAUAGGCAUUGUUCUCUGACAAAAUGCAAGUGAGAGCAAAAUCACAUCCAUAGUUUUUAAUAUCUAAUUGCAUUUGAGUUGUGUGGAUCUCUCUUGAGAGCAGAGUUUGAAAGGGAUGUUGAGAAACUGGGGAGCUGAAGGAGGUGGGGAACUACAUAGAAAAUGGGGGCUCCAAAAAUCCAAUUCUACAGAUUUCACAGUGGUGCCUAAAACUAGUCCUGAUCAGUAGCUUUGGCAAGGCCAUUAUCCGAGGACAACGUGUGCUCCCUCUCACUCUUUCUGCUUUCAUUAAUUCUUUUAUACUUCACUGUGAAUAUGUGUUGUGUCAAAUGCCCCACACAUAUUCUUAAUGCAGUUACAUCCAGAUGCACAAAGAGCUUUCGGGUAACGUUUUUAAGUCUCUCUCAGCUUCCAGUUUUGUGCGACUGAUUGAUUAACACAGUAACAUGAGCAAACACGAAGUAGCAGAGCUUCAGGUGACACAUUUAAUUAACGACAUUCAGGCAAGCAGAGAAAGAUAAGCAUUCUGGUAGCAGCCAGUUACAAGUUACAGAUUAAUGAAUGCAGUUUCUGGUUUCAGAGAUUUUACUAUUUUAUUCUAUAACACUGGGAUCAACAUUCAUCAGCUCAGAAGGGGGAAGGUGCAGGCCCGCUAAGCAAGGCAGUCUAAGGACAGCUUUCGCUUUUGCUCUAUCUGCACAGCAGAUGAGAUAGAAUUACCAAAAGUAAUCUGACCUCUAGUGGCACCUUGUAUUAACAAGCACAUUUGAAAUCGCUUAGGAAUUUUGCUGUGAGAAUUGUACUAUCAUUCAAUCUUACAGCUGGAAGAAACCUUAGAUCAUCUGCCAAGCAGAUGUUCUGCUUGGCAGGUUUCCACCCACUGCCCUAUUUUACAAUGAGGAGACUGAGGCCUGGAGAUAUUGAUGGGCGAUGGUAAAAAUUAAAUAGCUAAUUGAUAGAAAAGUCACUGGUGACAGAAUCCAAAUCGUUAACCUUUGUUAAUUUUAAUUUUUGUGGAUACGUAGUAGGUGCCUACAUUUAUGGGGUGCAUAAGAUGCUUUGACACAGGCAUGCAGUAAGUAACAAUGACAUCAUGUAAAAUGGGGACCCAUCCCUUCAGGUAUGUAUCCUCUGGAUUAUAAACAAUCUAGUUAUACUUUUUUAGUUAUUUUAAGAUGCACAAUUAAAUUAUCAGUGACUAUAGUCACUCUGUUAUGCUAUCGAAUACUAGGUCUUAUUAAUUCUUUCUUACUAUUUUUGUAUUCAUUAAACCAUUCCCAUCUCCCGUAUACCUUCCUACCACCCUUCCCAGCCUCUGGUAACCAUUCUUCUAGCUCCAGAGUCCAGGUUUGUAGAUUUCUACAUCAUUACGACUGUGUUAGUGGAGAAGUGUCAAUAUGCAACUUUGUAAGAUUCUUGAUAAGAAUAAGCUUAGGUGUAUAAAAUUAAUGGCUGUCUGAAUACUUUUGGUUCCAUACGUGUAUGUUUUAGCCCAAAGUUCCAAAGUUUUAUGGCGUUCUCUAAGUCAAGAUAACUGACUUUAGUCUAGCUACAUUUAAAUGGUGAAUUCCUUUGACUUUUUGAGUCAAUGGUUUAUAACUAUCGCUCUUAGGAAGUGAGAUGGUUGGAAUGAUUUAAUCGGACCAACAAUUCAGUGAACUAAUCUAUUAUUCAGUUCUAAAUUUUGGGAAUAUUCAAAUUGGUACAAGGUAUGACUCUUUUUAUUCUCAAUUGCAGGGUUUUUAAUCAAACAACAGGCAGUGUUAACUAGUUGAAAAGAACUCAGACUUCGGGUUUGAGUAGACCUGGGUUAGAAUUCUGGAUUCUUCUCUGCAUUCAUUUUUAUUGCUGCCAUAACAACUUACCACAAGCUGAGUGACUUAAAGCAACACAAACUUAUUUUCCUCUAUUUCUGGAGAUCAGAGGCCCCAGAUACAUUUUAAGGGGCAACAAGGUGUCAGAAGGCUUGGUUCCUUCUGGUGGCUUCAGGGGAGAAUUCAUUUCUUCACGCUCCCACUUCCGAAGGUUGCUGACAUUCCUUGGCUCCUGGCUACAUCACCCCAACGUCUGUUCCGUGGUCAUACUGCCUUUCCUUCUGUAGUAAAAUUUCCCCUUUAUGAGGAUACACAUGAUCACAUUUAUGGGCCACCUGGAUUCCUAGAGUAAUCUUCCCAUCUUUGAAUUCUGAUUUUAAUCACAUCUACAAAGUCUCUUUGGUCAUGUAAGGUAACAUUAAUAGGUUCUAGGGGUUAUGAUAUGAACUUGAGUCUCAUUUUAAUAAUUCUCUUAUGUGCUCUUUGAUUCUUAGGUUUUUGUUAGCUAAACCCUAGGAAGCCGUGACCUUGAUGAGGUGGCACAUGCUUUUCAGCCCUCUACAAUCUGUUACCAGCUGUGUGAUCUAGGUCUAAUCAUCUUAACCAAGCUUAUCGUAUUGGUUGUGAGGAUUAAAACAGAGAAUAGAUAAGACGUAUCUAGCAAGCCACCUGGAGCACAACAGGUGCUCAGCAAUAGCGAUGUUCUCUUCUGUUCCCUUGGUUUAAUCAGUAGAUAACAUCUCUAAAGGUAGAGAUUAUGCGUAUAGUGGAGGAGGUUUAUAUUCCGUGUAGUCCAAGAUGUGGUUUUUAGAGGCAGAAUUACCAUUGGGUGGAUUAAGUGGAAAUCACAAAUCCCUGAAAUGCGGUAUUUCUCAGUCCAGCCUUUCCCGAAAGAUGAAUUCCUCGCUCCACCCUCCUGAACAGCGGAGCUUGCAUUUUGAUUUCGAAAACUUGAUUACUUUCUUUCUUUUCUUUUUUUUUUUUUUUUUUUGAGACGGAGUUUCGCUGUUGUUACCCAGGCUGGAGUAACAGCCUGGUAACUUCACCUGGUAACUCUCGGCUCACCGCAACCUCCGCCUCCUGGGAUCAGGCAAUUCUCCUGCCUCAGCCUCCCGAGUAGCUGGGAUUACAGGCACGCGCCACCAUGCCCAGCUAAUUUUUUUUUUUUUUUUUUUUUUGUAUUUUCAGUAGAGACGGGGUUUCACCUUGUUGACCAGGAUGGUUUCGAUCUCUUGACCUUGUGAUCCACCUGCCUCGGCCUCCCAAAGUGCUGGAACUUGAUUACUUUCUUCAUCAGACUGUCCUUUCCUAGUUUGCAUAGAUAAAAAUUUCAUUGCUGGUAAUCAAAUUAAUUGUCUUUUAAAAUAAUUAUGUCCUGUGGCAAUCGAUUAUGCAAGUCUACAGAUGGCACAUAAAGUAUGUGCUGCAUGGAAUGAUAACAGAAUAUGAACUAUAUUCAGGUUUACCCUGUUUCAUGGGUUCUACUUGGCCAUGGGCUUGGUCUACGUGAGAGGGAUACUUAAGAAAAUGUACUGCUGUAUUUGGCUUCUUACGCUUUGCUUCCCUCCUCUUUCUAUCAUCUUUUACAACACAGAUUUAGAGAAGACGUGUGUAGUAGCACUCAGUUGCUUUGAUCAUUGGUAAUGAUGUCCAACAACUUGAUGUGAAAUGAUUCACUGAUUGUCACUCUGAAAACCUGACUUUGAACAUCUUUCUUAGCGACGCCAUUAAUUACAGGGUACAGUCUGGCUGUCAUCAAGCUGAAUGUGGCCUUCAGAAGCAGUCUGCUUGGGCAGCAUGGGAUUCAAAAUGUUUACUUUGCGUGUGUUCAGAUGGGCAAACACUGUAGUUUCUCCCAGUGACAAUACCUCCCAUAAUGGGCUGUUGCAUGCAUUGAUGCCUCUCCAGGGAGCAAACUGACAUACAGAAAAAAGGUGAGGAAGAAAAGGCUGACAUCUAUUGCUCCUUAAAAUGAUUUUCUCCCGAAUCAAGACAUGGGUCUAUCCUACGCACACGGCUACACAUGGUUGCUUUUACUUUACAAUGGCCCUUCCUUUCCUCCACUGUUCCAGAUUUGCAUUAAGCUGUCACCCAGUGGCAGUGUAAUAGCUGCUUUUGUGACUGUUAUAGACAAGUAACUGAAGAUACCUAGAUCCCGUUUAUAUAAAACUAGCAUUACAGGUUCUGAAAAAUAUUUUUCUCUAACAUUCUGUGAUUCCAUGUUUUAAUAAUUUUGUUAUUGGAAAAGGUAACUUUUGCCAAUGAAGAAAAAAACACAGUAAAUUGAGAGGAGGAGAAAAGGGCUGCAUAGACAGGUGAAAAGACCUUGAAAGAAAGGAGAGGAGAGACGGCAGCAGUCUCAACUACACGUAAUAUGCACUGGUGAGUCUGGCCUGGAAAUAAGUUUCUUCGACAAUAUCUCCUGUAGGUACUUUGCUCUGCUUUAUUUUACCUUUAUCAGAUGGUCACUAAGGUUUCUUAAGCUAAAAAAUUAUUUGGUCCUCAUUGCCACCUCCGUGUGCCAUAUUUGACCUCUGUGCAAGUUCGAAUACACCGGCCAUUGGGAGCCACACAAAUUUGUUAAUAGAAACUUCUAUAUUCUGUGUCAAUCCUUUGUGCCCUAUAUUAUUUUGUGCUGCUAUGCAGCAAAAAUUACUGGCAAGUUGAAAAUAUUCUACAGGUAGAAUUUUCAGUAAGAAGCUUGAUAAAUACAAAACCAAUGUUACAGGUUAUCACUAAACUAACAUGUUGCGAAUGUGCAAUUCUAGCCCUGGGCAGAAUGGAUAUCUCCAGAUAUUGGUUUUCUGCAGCUAUAUGGAUACUCUGCCCCAUAAAAGGUAGGGUGUUUUUCAGCCACAAAAGCCUUAACCGACCUGCGGUGACGGACUCGGGAAAAGCUUGAACUAGUUUGUGGAUCACCGGGAAGCCAGAGUUGCAGCUGACUUUCUGUCCACUAGAUGGCGGAAGAGGAGUAUGGAAAAAGGACCAGCUCGGGCUGUUUAUCAUGUUGACUGCUACGAAGCUGGGGGGAAGCCAUCGGUCAUCAGCCUUUUAAAGUGUAGGCUGCCGGGAUACUCUGCCAUCACCCAGACAUUCGUUUAGAAAUUCUAAAUUCUGGAGGAUGUGUGAACUGUCCCAGAGGAUAACACCAGUUCCUAUGAGUUAAACUAAGUUCGAAUCGAGAUGAAUGUUUCAGGCUUUGCAAUGGAACAAAUAUGGUUGCUGCUGCUUCUAACAAUUAGAGUGCUUCCAGGGUCUGCUCAGUUCAAUGGCUACAACUGUGAUGCCAACCUCCACAGUAGAUUUCCUGAUCUGGCACUGAAUGGAAGGCACGGGGACUCCCACUGCAGAGGGUUCAUCAAUAACAACACCUUUCCGGCCGUGGUCAUUUUUAUCAUCAAUCUCAGCACCUUGGAGGGCUGUGGAAACAACUUGGUGGUAUCCACAAUUUCUGGAGUCAGUGCUUAUGGAAAUGCGACUUCAGUACAAAUAGGAAAUAUUUCAGGAUACAUUGAUACUCCAGACCCACCAACAAUCAUCAGCUAUCUACCUGGGCUUCUUUACAAAUUUAGUUGUAGUUAUCCAUUGGAAUACCUGGUUAAUAAUACCCAGCUUGCUUCGUCCUCAGCUGCUAUUUCUGUGAGAGAGAACAAUGGCACCUUUGUCAGCACUUUGAACCUACUCCUUUAUAAUGAUUCAACCUACAACCAGCAGUUAAUUAUCCCCAGUAUAGGAUUACCUUUGAAAACCAAAGUAUUUGCAGCUGUACAAGCCACUAAUCUGGAUGGCAGAUGGAAUGUUUUAAUGGAUUAUUGCUACACAACCCCAUCAGGAAACCCAAAUGAUGACAUUCGAUAUGACCUCUUCCUUAGCUGUGACAAAGAUCCUCAGACCACCGUCAUUGAGAAUGGCCGAAGCCAGCGGGGCCGGUUUUCAUUUGAAGUGUUCCGAUUUGUGAAACACAAGAAUCAGAAAAUGUCCACUGUGUUCCUGCACUGUGUUACCAAGCUCUGCAGAGCGGAUGACUGCCCCUUCCUUAUGCCGAUUUGCAGCCACAGAGAAAGGAGAGAUGCUGAGAGAAGGACGACUUGGAGCCCCCAGAGCUCUUCUGGCAGCACGGUGCUCUCUGCUGGUCCCAUCAUUACUCGGAGUGAUGAGACUCCAACCAACAAUUCACAACUUGGUUCUCCAAGUGUGCCUCCUUUCCAGCUGAACGCCAUCACCAGUGCACUGAUAUCAGGAAUAGUCAUUCUGGGAGUUACAAGCUUUUCUCUUCUUCUAUGCUCACUGGCCCUUCUGCACAGGAAGGGACCCACCAGCUUAGUGUUGAAUGGCAUAAGAAACCCAGUCUUUGACUGACUAUAACAGGUCCUUGCUCUCUGGAGAAGGCUGCACUGACUAAACUCUGUGUGACUGCAGUCAGUGUUCCAUCUGAAUUUCAUGUCAGUCAGCAUUCGAUAUUUGUAGGUUUGAUAAAUUUCACAGUGUAGUGUGUCAGUAUAAUGAUAGUGAAAGAAGUUUAUAAUAUUGCUCUUGUCACUUAUGUGUGUGGCCAGCCCUAUUUUUAUUACACCAAUGAAUAUACUGACAAGAAGUGAAAAAUAUUCAGGACUUACAGGAUCAGUAAUAUUUCAUUUUAUUUCAAUUUUCUUUUGAUUGUUGUCUAAAAGAUAAAAGGUGCGAGUAGACAAAAAAUGAAAUGUGUUGCAUUUCCCCCUUAAGCAUUAAAGCCCACUGCAGUGGCAUUUAGAUUUGCACAUGUGGUCUUAGAAUAAAUGUUGCUUUUUGUUUUAAUCCAGAUAUUCUCAGUUGGGGAUGUGUUUUAAUUGGACUGGCCAAUUUGGAUACCUGAGAUUUAACUACUUAUUCUAGGACCUCCUGUGUUUUUAGCUGAUUUCCAUGUCUGACAAUAUUCACUUUAAAAGAAACUCUUGAGACAUAUAUCUUAACCUGGGGCAUCCUUUUGUGUAGAAGAUAGUGAAAAUGCUUGUUAGCUUCCUAGGUAAUACUAAGUGGCCCUAGAUCAUUAUUCAUUAGAAUAGGAUUGGCUGUGCUCAGUUUUCUUCUUUUGGUUCACUUGAGAACAUCAGCACAUGUUAAUUCUCCCCUAGGUAAACAGUUCAGCUGCUCUUGCAGCUGUGCUUCCAGCAGUGAGGUAACUGUGCAAAGAUUAUUUUUAAUUCAAGAAUCAUUACAUGUGAAAACAAACUGUAGUUGUGAAAAGAGAUCAUUAUCGUCAGCUCAUAAGCAUCCUGUUCCUGGAAGGAUUUUUAACAAUUUAGAUUCCCCUUUUCCUGAAACAAAAGGAAACUUAGGUUAAGUGCAGUUUGUAGAACAUUGCUAGAAUCUACAUAAAAAGAUAUUCUUUUCUUUCAUAUUUUUUAUGCCAGGCAGUACAAAUAAUCAGGAGAGGGUUUCUUUUUAGGGUAUCUUCUUGUAGGUGUUAUAAUUGCCAUGAAUAAACAAUAUUUUCUUCUAAUAGUAAACUGCAAGAAGCAUUUGAUCCUUUGUCAGUUCUGCAAAACAGCAAAUUUUAAGCAAUUCAUGUUCUUACCAAAAAAAAAUCAAUCUUUUCUUUGUUCAAGCUACCUAUGCUCUGAACAAAUCAAACAAUUUAAUAGCCAACACCAAAACCCAGCCUGUGAAGUGACUAGAAGUGCCGUGUUACCCAUAAGCAAUUGCUGUAAUAACUAAUUUCUAUUCAACAUUUGUGACCCAUUAGUUGGGACUUAAUUUAUUAUACUCCAUGCAAAUCAUGAAGCAAUAUUAGAUUGCUUUAAAUGAAAUGUCUACACUAUGAGUUAGUAAUUAAAUCAAUCAUCAAGUUGAAAAACAAUUUUUUCUCCAAUUUACGUGAAUAUUUCAGGAGAAAGUGUUUAUAUUGCAAUAAUUAGCUAUAUAAUUGCAUCAACUUUGUAUUUCAAGGUGUAGACGCAAAGUGAAGUGAGAUCUGGAAAGUCUCUGGAUAAUCUCCUCAAUGCAAAAAAAGUUUAAAUCACAUAAAAAACUAAUCUACUUUUUCUUGUGUUACUUCAAAAUAACUUUGAAGUGACCAUUCUGAACUUUAUCUGUGCUAAUAUCAUUAACUGAGCAUACCACUAAUGUGACCCUAUAUGUACAUGGGUAGUGUUGAAAUAUAUGCUAGUAAAUCUAUUUCAGAUACUUUAAGUGAAUUACCAUUGAUUUUAGGAUUAAGUUCUGUGAAUAGGACAUUAUAUCAUUUAAGCUGUUUUGCCAAUUUGAAGCUUUUGGAAUGGACGUUGUUUCAGCUGUUAACCUUUUAAAUUCUAUACACCAUUUUAUAGAAUUGAAUAAUGGACACAUAUCAUUUGGGAAGCAACUUAAGUAUCAUUUUUUUUUGCCACCUUUCAUCAUCAUAAAUGGAAGAAUAAGAGUUACAAUGAGAUAAACCAGGUCUGUUUUUUUUUUUUUUUACAACUUUGUUCUUAUAAACCUGCAGUUAUAUGGAGUAUUUAGUUAUAUUGAAUUUUACAGUUGUUAUAGUGUGAAAAACCUUAUAAAAUAUGUGCAAAUGUUUCUUCAGUUUUAAUACCUCAAACUGUUUUUUGCACUUCAGGGGUAAGGUCUGAUGACAUGUAAAAGGUGAUUGUUUAAUAAAAUAAUUGUAAAUGAAUAUCUUUAAAAUGUCAACUUUUUUUAAAAAAAUUUUCCUUGUUGCUUUUAACAUCCUAUUCCCACUUUCACAAGUAUGGAGAGUCUCCAAUUUAUGACGGUUAUAUUUACAAUUUUGACUUUAAGAUGGGUUUAUUAGAGUAUUAAAUGCAUUGUCGAACUGUGAUUUUUUUCAUGUCUGAUGAGUUUCUUGAGACAUAAUGCCAUUGCAAGUUGAGGAGCAUCGGUAUUGAGAAAGUUUUAGUUUAAAAUAAGCUGCCUAAUGCAACAGGGAAGGUUGGUGAUCUCUGUGGGUACAUGAAGUCUGCCCUCUCAAUACUAAGCCCUGUGUUGGGAAACACGUUCUUGAUAUCAGCUAAAGGUAAGGAAGUACAUUUUUUGUUGAGCUUGAGCUCUAACUAAAAUAGAACCUACAAGUUUAAAAACUUUGAUUGGAACAGAAAAAUCUGUAAAGACAAGGAGCUUGGCUUCUGUCCCGACUUUUCACAGUCUCCUAACUGCCAGCAGGAUCUGGCUCUCUUCCUUUGUCUUGGGAGCGAGUUGGUAGGAAAGUGAGACAGUGUUGAGGCAAAAUCCUUUUCCUGAUCCAGAGAUAAUCCAGUCUCACACACUGGGCACUCCCCUCAACCCUUAAGUAUUGACAAUUAGCUUUGGGAGCCUCACAAGACAUGAUAGUUCAUGAGGGGCAUUGUCAGCUGCGGAAAAUGUAAGGCUUCAGGGUAAAGUAUAAAGCCUCACAGACAGUGUAAAGUAUAAAGCCUCACAGACAGUGUAAAGUAUAAAGCCUCACAGACAGCAAACUUCCAGAAGUGAAAGGAGAGCGGGCGUUCAUGGGAGACCGUGGUUUGUGAACACGGGGUGUGAACGUAGCACGAAGCAUAGUUUGAGGGACUGCAAUGGGAUCAAGGGCCAGAACACGUUUAUUUUAGUUCCAUAUUUAUAGGAAAAAGAGAAAGCUAAUCAUAGAGCAGUUACCUUUGGGAAUGAGGUUCUUCAAUUAUUUACAAGCAGGGAAACAUUUAAAAUAAAACAAUCUAAAGUGAUAAUUUAGAAAAAAAAAUUUAAAAAUACUUGGAUAGUAAACAAAACAAAUAUCAGAGUGAGAUGGAGCUUGUGUA